AUGUCAGGUGAACUAGAAAGCCCUUCUAAACGUCCAAAAUUCGAAACAUUGAAUUCACAUCCUGUACCAAACACUUUACCCGAAACUUCUUUACUUCAACAAGUGCGAAGACGUAGCUUCUCCCAUUGGCCACAUCGUACUAGUCCAUCAAAUGUACAAAUGAUUGAAGCUGGAUUUUUUAGUUGCAAUAUUGGUGAUCGAGUAAUAUGCAUUUAUUGUAAUCUUAUUUGUCAACAAUGGACACCAGAUACAGAUGAUCCAUGUGAAGUACACAAAACAAUUUCAUAUAAUUGCAUAUAUGUUAAAGCAAACUUGAUACGUCCUGUACCUUCACCUAUGAUUAAUAUUAAUGAAAAUUCAACGGAACUAACUUCAAAUCAUCGUUCAUCAGCAUCAAAUAAUCUUGGUUCAUUACAAUCGAAUGAUGGUGUGUUUGUAGGUUCGUGUAACCCUGCUUAUUCAGAUGCAUCUAAACGUCAUCCAUCAUUUGCUACAUGGCCAAAUGAAGAUUUACCAUUAGUAGAUGAUUUGGUUCGAGCAGGGUUUUUCUAUACUGGUACAAAUACUAUUGUUACUUGUUUUUAUUGUAAUGGUUCAUUACAAAGCUUGGGUUCAAAUGAUAAUCCAUUGAUUGAACAUGCACGUCGGUUUCCACAUUGUGCAUAUGCUCGACAAUUAUGUGGUGAGGAUUUGUAUCGUAAAAUUCAAGAGUCUCAACGAACACAACAAGAAGAAAGAACAGGUUCUAAUGAUAUACCAAAUACUAAUCUAACUACAAAAAGUCAACAAAUUUCGACACUUGAUGAUCGUACUUUAUCAAGACUUGUUGCUGAUCGAUUAGAUUUAACGAUAUCAAAACGUUUAUUAAAUCAAAAUUUUAAAUUAUCUAUUAUCAAACGAUGUUGGGAAAAUCAAUUAAAAAUAAAAGGCGAUGAUUUUGUAUCUGAAUACGAUUUGUACAUAGCUUGUUUAAUUCUUCAAAAACAAAUUGAACAAAUUAAUACUAAAAAAGAAAAUAUUAUUAUACCAAGCGUAAAAAUAAAACAGAUUAGAGAGCAAGCAAGAAGAAUUCUUCAUGUAUUCGAUCGUAAAGAAGCGAUUGAGAAAACAAUUAUACGUGAAUAUUCAUUUAUUGAUUGGCCUUCUACAUUACCAGCUCGACUUCAAAUGAUUACUGGUGGUUGGUGUUCGAAUAGAGCAAAAGGAAGAGACUACACUAUGUGUUUAUAUUGUGGUGUCGAACGUAAUAAUUGGAACUAUAAUGAUAAUCCUCGGAAUAUUCAUCAGGAAUUGUCACCAAAUUGUCCUUUUAUUCUUUCACCACAUCCAAUUGAAUCAAGUUCAGUGCCCAUCAAACUUUUACAUGAAAUUUUUACACAAGAAACAAUAACUUAUUAUUUAUCACAACCAAAUUCACCUGUGCUUUUAAAAUCUGAUUCGACUUACAGUCUCCCACCUAAUCGAUACGCAUCGUUUUUUAAUUUUCCUGGUGGAACGCCAAAAAAUAUUGAAGAACUAAUACUACUGAUGAUUGUUGUUGGUGUUUGA